AUGAGUGGUCUAACUUUUCCGACUGCGAAGGAGGAGCCUGUGCCGGCACAGGCUUCGACCACGAUGGACCCACGGCAACUCGUCGCCCCUGGCGCGCAGGUGAACAAUACCGACUUCGCCUUCACGCAGCCGUGGCCUGUCACGACCAUGCCUGUCACGACCAUGCCAAACCUUCUAACUAAUACCACGGAUUAUUCUACUAUGCCUUCCUAUUACAAUUACGCCGAAAAUCGAUCUCCUUAUCUACCCCCAGCAACAGGUGUCAACGCCCAAUACCCAGCAUCUUUCGGGAACUUUAACGCUAUCCCGCAGUCUCAAGUUCCCCUGAUCCAGCCGGUGAUGGGUUCUAACGGGGUGCGGAAAAUACCUCGAAAGAGGGAAAGGAAAGAUGGCGUUUUGUAUCUCGAACCUACCGAUGUCUACCGCGAGCCGCGGGACCCGCCUAAGAGCUGGGGACCGAAGGUCAGCGGUGACAAUCAAUUGGACAGCCAGGACGAUCACCUGUUCUCAUACACCUCUGACGGCGAGCUUGGAGCAGGCUGGCCUGCAGCUCAGUGCAAGAAGCGGUACCCUCGUCUAGAGCACUCAACAAGGUGUCGCUUUGAGGACUGUGAUGAUGCACCGCUCCGCAGCAUCGUCCAGGGUCAACCAUGGGUUAUUUUUGAUGAGCGCCAGAAUCUGGAUGGGUCUGUCGUCGACCCCUUCCACAACGCGGGAUAUGUUCAUCUCAACUGCCUCGAGAAGCACUUCGAUAUUCUCGAGCUAUGGAAGCCUUGCGAUAUCCGCCUUGACAACCGGCAUUUCAUACGCGAAUCAUACCCCUACUUUGCUCUAGCUCGGGACGAUUUCCUCGUUGGUAUCGAGAAGGCAUUCCUGGAGUGGUACGAAGCGGAGCGGGCCAAGUACUGGGCUGCAAAAGAAAAAGGCGUGAGACGGAGUCGAGAGCGGGAGUUUCGUCUCGACCAGGUGUUUGUCGAUUACAAGCUUGCCAACGAACCUAUAGGUCGUACAAAACAGCGGGAAUCUAGAGCCGGGAUCGACAUCGGGACGCAUCGGGGCGACCGCGAGCGGAAGUAUUAUCUCAAGGAGCUGAGAGACCACGACCUGCUCGAUGAGAAUCGCAAACCAGUACCCAAUGCUGAUGCUCGCCUAGAGCAAAUGAAGGCCGAAAAGGUAAAAAACCGACGUAAAAAAAAGUUAACAAAGCGCCGCGAGGAAAGUGAGAACGAGGCGGCAGGCCAGAAUGCCACUGCUGACACAAAUGUCACGACUCAUUCUGGAACCGAGGGAGUAGUUGUGGACCUCACUGAGGACCACAAUGUUGCGACUCCUCCCCAGCAAGCGGAACCCGUCGAGUCCAAUGCCAGUACCAGUCAUGAGGUCCAUACCCAGCAGGAGCCUGUCACCUAUACAGCUCCUGUCAACCAUACAUCAUAUUACCAGCAAGACCCUGUCGGGUACAGCGGUAAUGUAAAUCCUUUGGUAUCUUCCCAGCCAGCGCCUGUCGAUUACACUGGUCAUGUCAGCCACGCACCAUUUUCCCAGCAGGGGCCCAUCGGUCACAACGGUAUUGCAGGCCAUGCGAUUUACUCGCAGCACCAACAAGGCCCCUCAGAGGAUUUGCACACGAACCCGGCUCGAGGCUACAACCCGGCGGCCCCUGCUCCUGCCUACUCAGUCUACGGGGUUGGCGCCGCCCUCUACCAGCCACAACCCAUCAAUUAUCAAAGUCAGCAGCCUUUCAUCGAUUUCGUCCUCAACGAACUAGUGCCCGAUGACUUCCACGACCAGCAGGCGCGCAACGUGGCCGCGGCAGCCCCUCCCAGCCGCAAGCGUGGUAGAGACGAGCCAGUGGACGACACUGCCGCCGUCGAGGAGAGCACGGCUAAGCGGCAGCGACAAGAGCCUCCGGCACCCAAGGUCACCGAUUUUGGUUACGAAGACGUCAGGAUCCCUGACCGCGCCGAUAAUGAGAGCUUGAAUCGAUGGCAGGCAGGCUAUCACACCUCGGAGUCUAUUCUGCAACCAGUUGCAGAUAGCCAGACAGGCGCAUUUGAGGUAAGUGCCAGCAUUGACGGCGGCGAAGCUGACUCCCCUGAUUUCACCGCACAUGAAUGGAUAAGGGAGGAGCUGUCCAAAGCCGAUAUGCUGAGCCUGGAGAUGGAUAAUGACUUCAGCCAAUUUGAUGGUUGGGUCGGUAAUGCUUUCAACGGCACCAGCGGAGACGAUUUGUCCGGCGACGCCUACGUGAACACCGGUGGAGGUGAGUAUGAGCCCCAGCCAGCUGCCCCGUCCCCCACAGAGCGGUUCAUUCCGCCGUCUCGCUCGAGCAGCGGCUCGGCUGGUCUCUCAGAGUCGCGCUGGGCUGCGUAG